GCUGAGGUGCCAUUGCAUCUCUACAGCUUGAGAUCCCAGUUGUAUUGUUCAAGAGCCUGGAAAUUUUAAUCCUGUCGUCCGUUACCAAACGCCAUGCUUUCGCUCGCUCGCCUUGGGUUCCUUGCGCUUCUUGCUUCAUCAGCAGUGGUCAAAGUAGCCGCCGACGAUGAUAGCACGACCUCUCAGCAUUCCUCGGCCUCCAGAACAGGCUCUCGCUCGAUAGAGACCUUGACAAUUACGGGAACGAACUCUCCGACAAAUAUUGGCCCAGAUGGACUCCCAACGGGCUCAGGCGUCAGCUACAUCUCUUACGCAACCACCGUCACUGUUCCCACCAGCACCUCGACCUCGACCGGUACUUCAACUUUUGGGACAUUGACCGGGUCAGGCAAUUCGAGCACGUCGACAGUAGUCACAGCCACAUCGCAAUCCGUAACGCUCCUGGUAGGCGGGAAGCUGACAACUACGGCGGUGCUAAAUGGCACAUUAUCAUCCAAUGCGACAGCCACAAUGACGGGCAAUUCCACGAGCACUUCGACUUCAGCAGCACCCACCAAUACUCAACCUUGCAAUGGCUGGCCCGAGUUUUGUGAACGCAAGUAUAGCAACAUCACUCAGGUCGCCGCCCAUAAUUCCAUGUUCGACCGACCUGGAAAUGCUGCAAGCAAUCAGGCAUUGGACGUCCUGACUCAACUUGAUGACGGAAUCCGAAUGUUGCAAGGCCAAGCACAUCUCGUCAAUGGUACCAUGUAUUUUUGCCAUACCAAUUGCGAUAUCCUCAACGCAGGACCGGUCGAAGCAUACCUCCGCAAAGUAAAUGAAUGGGUGCUAACGCAUCCGUACGAUGUCGUCACUAUACUGCUUGGAAACGGAGACUAUGUGGACGUUGGCAACUUCUCGACAGCUUUUGAAAAUUCUGGCAUUGCCAAAUUCGCAUACCAGCCGCCCAAAAUUCCCAUGGGAAUUGACGACUGGCCAACCCUUACAAGCAUGAUCCUCACCGGCAAGCGGGUUGUCGUUUUCAUGGACUACCAGGCAAACCAGACAAAAGUGCCCUACAUUCUCGAUGAAUUCAGUCAGAUGUGGGAGACUCCCUUUUCUCCAACGGACCGCGAUUUUCCAUGCGACCUGCAGCGUCCGCCCAAGCUCAGCCCAGACGAUGCCAAGAAGCGCAUGUACAUGGCCAACCACAAUCUCAAUACCGAAAUCAACAUUGCCACUCUCGGCGUCAACAUGCUUGUCCCUAGUAACGUUCUGCUCAACGUAACCAACAAUGUUACAGGAUAUGGCAGUCUGGGUCUGAUGGCCAACAGUUGCGAGACUCAAUGGGGACGCGCACCAAAUUUCCUUCUUGUCGACUAUUACAACGUUGAUAAUGGUACCGUCUUUGAGGUCGCCGCCAAGCAUAACAAUGUUACUUACAGCGGUCCAUGCUGCGGUCUUGCUCGCUCUGCCGCUUUCCGUCUCGAAGGUUCGAUUUUCAUCGCCACGGUCGUAGCUGCUACGGCCAUUUUAGCUCUCAUUUUGCCGUAAAGCGAUUCGUGGGGUAUCCGAAAGAUCCUACUUGCUCCUUUCUCGUUCUUUGUGAUUAUUUUGAGCUGCCUUUGGGCCGCUUUUUGUUUAAAGAUGCUCUCCUCCAGUUCUUGCC